CGUCGCUGGCGGCCGAGAGCGCCGUUUAUGGCACCGGUGUCGGGGUCCCGUUACCCCGGGGACGCCCCGGGCUCCCGGAGACGGCGGCACAGCUCGUCGGGGAGCCCGCCGUUCGCGCAGGCGACGCACUGCCCUGGCGACGGCCGUUCCCGCUCUCCCUCCCGCGGCCGCGAGGGCCUCCGGCGGCCGUGGGCUGGGUCGGGCCCCGCCGCCCCUUACCCGCUGGGCUGCGCGGGGUCUCGAGAGCGGCCGCCUGGGCCCCGCAACCACGCCGUCUCGUCCCCUUCGCUCUACCACGGCGGGCACCGCUACCCUCACCACCACCGCCAUGCGGGCGACCGCCAGUGGGCGGAAGACUGUGAGAAGGAGACGCAGGAGAGCUUCAGGCAGCGGAGGCUGAGGGAGAGAGAACGGAUCGGGGAGCUGGGGGCUCCUGAGGUGUGGGGGCUGUCCCCAAAGUUUCCCGAGCCGGAUUCUGAUGAGCACACUCCCGAUGGAGAGGCCAAGACUCCCAAGAGCAGCAGCUCAGAGUCCAGCUCAGAAGGAAGAAGGAAGAAGACUAGUCGCCCAAAAAACAAGAAGAAACGAAAGAGAAAGUCCAAGAGAAAGCACAGGAGGUACUCUGAUAAUAGUGACAGUAACUCGGACUCGGACACCGACAGCAGCUCCAGUGAGGACCGGAAGAGAGCCAAGAAAGCCAAGAAGAAAGAGAAGAAAAAGAAGCACAGAGCCAAAAAGCCCAAGAAAAAGAAGAGUAAGAAAACAAAGAAAGAAUCGAGUGACUUGAGCAAUAGGGAUUCGGAAGGGGAGUUGCCAGAAGAUACCUGGAUGAAGCGGCUUAAGAUCGCAGAUGCCACGGACCUAAUAGGGCCGGAAGCACCUGUCACACACGCGUGCCAAGAUGAGAAGCCUCUGAACUACGGUCAUGCGCUGCUCCCAGGAGAAGGAGCAGCGAUGGCCGAGUACGUCAAAGCUGGAAAGCGUAUUCCACGACGCGGGGAGAUCGGGCUCACCAGCGAAGAGAUUGCUUCAUUCGAGUGCUCAGGUUAUGUUAUGAGUGGUAGCAGGCAUCGCAGAAUGGAGGCGGUCCGGCUGCGCAAAGAGAACCAGAUCUACAGCGCUGAUGAGAAGAGAGCGCUCGCGUCCUUCAACCAGGAAGAACGACGGAAGAGAGAGAAUAAGAUCCUGGCCAGUUUCCGAGAGAUGGUGUGCAGAAAGACAAAAGGGAAAGAGGACAAAUAGGGUUUUCACCCUGCAGUACGACUUAACAGUUUCCCUGGCCCGGCAUAGUGUUUCAAAGGCUGUGUAGUCUGUUGUACCUACUUCUGUUAAUAAGUCCCUGAAGAAAAAACUGCUUCAUGAGAUAUCUUUAGAAAAAACUUCUUUGGUUAUUUUUUUACCUUGAAGGAGUAUUUGCACAUAGUUUUCAAAACAUUCAGACUACAAGAGAGUCUGUGUAUAGAAAGAGUCUUUCAGCCUAAUCUCUGGUUCUCCCCAAAGCAAUACCUUUUUUGCUGUCUUCUCUAUCCCUCAUAGUUUUUUAGCAUAUGCAAGAUAAAACUUGGGGUUGCUAUCUACCCCAAGUGUUUCUGUGUUUUGUUUGUUAUUUAAUUCCUCUUGCCCUGACUUUUCUCUUUGGCCUCAUGAAGCCUCAGGGAGGAGUAAAGAACCCCAGAAAAAAACAGAGGGUUCAGUUGAGUAUGUGCUUCUGGAAUCUGCCUGGAGUGAAGAUGGCUUGGCUUCUGUACUGCGAAGUCCCGCAGGACAGGUUUGCUGUCGGCCUGUAGUUUAUUUUUCACGUUCAGCUGCUUCUUCAGGCUGGUUUCCCUUGAGUAGCAAAAGGUCUGCCAAAGCGCCCGAGUUAGAUUUGUAUUUCCUGGUCCGCUGCUGAAGAGAACAGGACUGUCUUAGAGUCCUGACGACCCCGAGAGUCUGCUGAAGGUGAGGGGUGGGGUUCUAGAAUCCGGCUGGGCGGUGUUAUGUGAAAGGGGACUUCACUUGAACCUGAGGCUUAAUGUGUUGAUACACGAGACCACACUAGCUUGAGAUUUUCCUCCAAAAGGAUUGUAGACUGGUGGAAGCCAGCUUGUUACAAGUUUCAGUGUCCAUUUUACAGAAUCAGACCAUGCAACAUACAAAUACCUGUACCUUUUUUACACUUAACAUUACAUCUUGGAGAUUUUUUUUAUCAAUACAUUUAAAACUACCUCGUUCUUUCAAGUGAUCUUAUAGUGGCCUAUUGUGUGGAAGUAUAUUUUAUUGACUAAAAUGUUUAUUUUGUUCUUACACAAUAGUGUAGUGAAAAACCUGUGUGUUAUCUAUAGCAUAUCUAGAAGUAAUAUUACUGGAUCAACAAGGAUCCUAUGGAACAUCUAAAAAUGAUCACCUGGCCGUGGAAUUACUGGAUCAAAAGGAAAAAAUGCACUAGGUGGUUACUUUGUGCUAGGAACAAAGUUCUGUAUUAGGGGGAAGCCAAGGAACAAGUUAGAUUUGAUAACUGUCAUCAGAUGUUUUACAUUCUAGGGGGAGACAGACUUUAAAAAGUUAACAUACGCACAUAUAAUUUCCUGGCUUGCCGAGAAGAAAAUAAGCGGCUGGAGGCAGUGUGUGGGGGACGUUGUUGCCAGAGUGGAGAGGCAAGGCUGAGGAUGUCCUGCUUACGCUGCCCAACGGCAUUUUAACAGUAUUGCAGCAAUGCCUUCCAGAGCGGAUGUGAGUUCACAGACCCACCUGUACCUCCCCCAGUACUGUACUUUUAAACCUUUUGACCUUUGCCGAUCUACUAGGUGAAAGUGGCGUUUUAAAAAAUGUCCAUUUCUGUAAGAGUAAAGUUGAGCAUGUUUUCAAGUAUAUGUCUUGCUUUUUUUCCUGGUGAAUUCUCGACAUCAUAACCUUUGUCCAUUUGUGUCCACCCUGUUCUCAUUGCUCAUACACAUUCUUCAAAUAAUAAACCCUUUAU